CUCGUGUCGUCAUCAUUCCGCGCAAGAGUCAAAAGAAGAGCUGACGUCUGUUCUAUGGUGCAGUUUGCGUUGUAAAUUGUUAUAAAAUACCAAUCCACCCACUCAUUUGCUUGAGGAACGGACUGCAACUUAUUUGCUUUUUUAAAGUCGACGUCAACAGGUCAGUGCACUUCUCUAUUGCCUGGUUCGAACGAACGUCCAGCGAACAGCUCGACGACAAACAUCGAACGAACGGAACGAUCAGGAGCUCAGAAGUUGGUGGUAGCACGUGAGGUUACCAUGGCAUCUCCAGGGGGGCAUGGAGGAGGUGCAGUGUCCACCCGAGGAGGAGGCGGCACCAGAAGAAUGAAGUGGGCAUUGGAACUGAGUCUGGGGAAUACAAGAAGUCGUGGUGACAGGCAAAGCAGCCAAGGGGACACUUUAUACCCAAUCGGAUAUUCAGACAAGCCUGUACCUGACACAAGCGUCCAAGAGGCUGACAGAAACCUUGUGGAGAAGAGGUGCUGGGAUGUGGCUCUUGGCCCCCUGAAGCAGAUUCCCAUGAAUCUGUUCAUCAUGUACAUGUCUGGCAACACCAUCUCCAUCUUCCCCAUCAUGAUGGUCUGCAUGAUGGCCUGGAGGCCCAUCCAAGCGCUGAUGUCCUUGUCUGCCACUUUUAAGCUUCUAGAAAGUUCCAGCCAGCAGUGGCUUCAAGGAAUCGUCUAUCUCAUCGGCAACCUCCUUGGGUCAGCAUUGGCCAUAUACAAGUGUCAGUCCAUGGGGCUUUUACCCACACAUUCUUCUGACUGGCUGGCCUUCAUAGAACCUCCUCAGAGGAUGGAGAUAAUGGGUGGAGGUAUGGUGCUGUAAAAAGAAUGAAGAAACGUAUCCACGCCCCGAUUCCUUUCCGUACGCAUUCUUGAAAUUGCUGAUUUCACAAUGAUGCUGUUGUUGGUGCACAGAGUUCCUCAUUACCUUUCUUGCUCAAUAAAAGUUUUCAUGAUCAAACA